UCUUAAGGAAAGGAGUGAUCUUGGUGGAUUUUUCCACCCUUAUCUAGCCUCUACUGUUUCGAGACAUUUUGUUAUAAGGGGCGUUUUUAAUUGCCUGUGAAAGAAGUUGGUUUUUGCCAUUUAUAAUCUUCAAAUCUGACUAUGCUCACAAUUCAAACUGCGGUAGAUGUUAGCUCGAGAUUGACUUGACGAUUUUGGGCUGAUCAUUCAUAAGAUAACAAACAAAGUCUUGAAACCCCGGAGAUUGAUACUUUUGAACACAACGAGGCUGUUUUUAUAUAAGGAUGUCAAACAAUGCGCAGUUUUGUCUCGACCAAUAGAAUCAAUCUAUCUCAGGCUGUUUUGCGCAGGCUUAUAAUGAUAGGUCCAAUGGUUCGUAUGCGGUUUAAUUGCUAAUGCAGGCACACUGUUUAAACAGUAGGCGACUAGUUGUCAUGAAAAGUGUAGUCCAGGAUAUAUAGAUGAGCAAAAAGAGUGACGGGAUACAAAGAUUUAAACAGGGCUCGUUAUCUGAACGCUUGAGUGGCAGCGAAAGUAAACAGCAUUUGGAGCGCUAUUUCUGUGAUACAGAAAUGGGUAAUGGGAAAGGUGUCGCCGUUUUGACAAGAUUUGUAAUUUUCCUCGUUUUUGCUGAAUAUAUACUUGUGACUUUCGCGUGUGGCGUUGGAAAAGGAUCUUAUACAAAUAAGGAGUUUCCACCGUUAAGAGAGAACCAGAGAAAGCCACAAGAAGAUGAAGAAAGCAGUGUUGCAAGUGGGCCAUUCAAUCACAAAGUAAGGUUUGGUUCUAAAGAGUUCAAAGCAAAGAUAGUAAGGUACUUUGGUACGAAUAUUGUGUUUAGAGAUGAUGAGGGAAAUGGAGCUGACCGCUAUAUGACCAAGCGGUGCGAAAGAGCUCUCAAGAAGUUGGCAAAAUACGUUCGUGUUAAAUGGCAUAAUAAAGUAAAAGUAAGAGUAAUUGAGGCUUGGGAUGAAGAUGGGGAACACCCACCACGCUCGCUACACUACGAGGGCAGAGCUAUUGACAUUACAACUUCAGACCGAGACAGAAAAAAAUACGGUGCGCUAGCAAGUUUGGCCUAUUUCAAAGCAGAAUUUGACUGGGUUGCAUAUCUGGAUGGCCAUGUUCAUGUUUCGUGUAAAAGAGAUGAUGCGGUAGAGGAAACCAGCAGCUGUUUCCCUGGCCGUGCAACCGUUAUAGCGUCUAACGGAAAAGCAAAGCGAAUCGAUGAAUUGGAAAUUGGCGAGAAGGUGCUGACUCGCUCAUCUUCUGGAGACCUAGUUUACAGUAGAGUUGUUAUGUUUAUGGAUGCAAAACCGAAUGUCGUCAUCAAAAAUUACAUAGAAAUCCAGACAGAUAACCCACGCAGGAAACUUCAGUUAACAAGGAGGCAUCUUCUGAUUGCAUCAAAAGAUGGUGUAAACUUUGAGACAAUAUUUGCUGAAAAGGUUGUAGUUGGCAACAUCGUGAAAGUAUUAGCAGAGAACGGAACAACAUUAAUAAAUUCCCGAGUUUCUGUGAAAUUACAAAAACUUAGAGGAGCAUUCGCCCCUUUGACAGAAGAAGGGACAAUUUUAGUCAAUGGCAUGCUAGCCUCCUGUUACGCAAUGACGGAAGAUUAUAGGACAGCACAUUUGAGUUUUGCACCAUGGCGAUAUCUGUUUGAAUUAACUGACUUCCCGUAUAAAUACCAGAUUCAGCAAGGUGAACACUGGUACACAAGACUGCUGGUAGCUAUAAACCGUGCUUUUGGAGUUCUUCCAGAAGUUUAUGCCCAAUAGUUACUUCGUAGAGUAGAGCUCGGGAAGUUUACAGUAAAUUAAUAUAUUGGAAUUGAAGUAAUAAUAUAAAGAAAAAUUACAGAUCCAGGGAAACGUCGUCACAACUUCAGCAUUGUUCCGUGGUCUCUGUCAGUAUGUAACGUCGAUAAUGGAUCUUGCAAGAUAUAGGUUGUUGCUACAAAUCCCAAUGAUGAAUAGCACUGUUGUAAAGCAGUUGUAAAUAGUUGUACUAUUUUCAGUAACCGAUAAUCCAUGAUAAUUUAUUUCCUCCUUCACAUUGGACUGUCGCUGUAUGAAUUCAGUUGUGAGGGGACAAUCUUCAGAACAUAGGUUUUUCUUUAUUGAACGUUGAAUCUUUCUUGUUAGUAACCUUUUUUCUUUGGAGUUUGUUGCCUGGUUGCGAUCGAUAGAUAUAUUUCUCUUUUCUUUCACCAAGCAAUAUAAGACGGAGCUUAGAAAGGUAGAAACGACAAAAGUGUUCUACCAUUGAUUGUAUGCACUACUGAAGAAAAAUGUUUUUACAACAAUUUCUUUUUAUCCUGUGCCGACACUGUUAUUUUUUCCCUUUUUAAUUAAAUAUAUUUCCAAUAAGGAACAUAAAAAAUCAUGUUACAAACAAUUUUUUAGCGGUAAAAAAUUUAAAUUUGCCUUUGAAAAAAGCAAGCAUUUUAAGCCAUACUUCAGUAUAUAAAACGAGUAUUGAUCGAAAACUCAAAGCAAAGAAAUAUUUAACUUGUUGUGGAUUUAAGUAGGCCAAUCAGAAACGC